AAGUUUACCCAUCUUCAGAUACCAACAGAAUUACUGAUCAGUGUGUAAUUCGGCCACACUCUCCUUCGCUUGCCAUUCAUACGAUCCAGUGGAGUUUCUUGAUGCUAUAAGAAGAGGAGGGGCUCUUUCUCUCCAGUCUCUUCAGUUGAAAGGCUCCCUAUACCAGUCGGUCUACUAAUUAACAGCCUCUGACAGUGCGAUUGCCAGCGGCAGCCGGAGUAUGAGCCUGACUGCCACACUAUUUUUUUUUUUAUUGUACGGUGAGAGGUGAUUAUAUUGUGUUUUCGUUGCUGCAAGCUUCUUUUUACCGGAACGGACACUUCGCAACCCGGUGUGGUUUUAGGUGCACAGGGUGUCAGAGAGAGUAUAGCAUCCAACCAACCUCACUGCGCACGGAUUUCAUUGACUGAUUUCUGCCAUGCAUCCGCAUUGGUGGAUUAUGGGUCAUACAGCCUAUUGGCUUGUUAUUUCCUUGUGCUUUGAUGUAUGAUCAUUGCACCACGUUUUUUUUUCUGAGUCAUCAGACAUAUAAAAACCAUCUUACUCCUGGCAGCUGCACGCAUUACCUGUGUCCGUCUCCCAUCUUCUCUGACAUCUCUGCAUGCAUGCAAGCUGUGUUUUUGUAGUUUUUUUUUUUUCUUCCUUUUUGCAAGGCAUCACCGUCAUCCCCACGGAAAUGCCUCUCCAAUGCUGGCUGCUGACAUCCCGCCAGCCGUCUUAAAACCCGUCAGGAUCGCCGGGUGAACCGACAUGGAUAGUGGGAGCCGGGCUGCGACGGUCGGGGACGGUGCAGCCAAUUUCACAGCAGCCCACCUCUGGCUGGAUCUUCUUAAUGCUUCGGCGACGCGGUGGGACAGCAGCCCACCUGCCGAGGGGACCGGGCUGGACCAGCAGCAGCGCCUCAUCCGAGAGCAAGCCUACCGGGACUUCACCACCACCAUCCAGGUUUUCAUCCUCAUAGGUUCGCUACUCGGAAAUGCCACUGUGUUGUGGUGCACCUGCUGCACGAAUGUCUUCAAGUCUGCGACCAACCGAUUCAUCAAGAACCUGGCAUGCUCGGGUAUCUGCGCCGGCCUGGUGUGCGUUCCUUUCGACAUGGCGCUUGGAGCCAGCCCUCGCUGCUGCUGGUGGCUUCACACUCUGCUGCUCUGCAAGGCCAUCAAGUUCCUCCACAAGCUCUUCUGCUCGGUCACUGUGCUCAGUUUCAGUGCCAUCGCACUCGACAGAUACUACUCUGUGCUGUACCCGUUAGAGAGGAAGAUCUCAGAUACAAGAUCCCGAGAUCUGGUCAUCUAUAUCUGGGUCCAUGCGACGGUGGUGAGCCUUCCUGUGUUCGCUGUGACCAAUGUGACGGAUGUGUAUGUCACGUCGUCCUGCUCCGAUGACCACGCCCACUCCCUGGGCCACAUGGUGUACGUGUUGAUCUACAACGUCAGCACGUUGAUCCUCCCGCUUGCUCUGGUCUUCCUCUUCAUGCUGCUGAUCCGCAGAGCGCUCAGUACCAGCCAGAAGAAGAAGGUGAUAAUUGCGGCGCUGCGGACUCCCCAGAACAGUAUCUCCAUCCCGUAUGUGUCCCAGAGAGAAGCUGAGCUACACGCCACUCUGCUGGCUGUGGUGCUGGCUUUCUCAGCCUGCAGCGCCCCCUAUGGGGCCUUGGUGGUUUAUCGCACCGUUUUGGCAGACACUAAAGAGCUACCCAUCUCGCUGUAUCUGACAGCCCUCUGGCUACCCAAGGUGUCCCUGCUCACCAACCCACUCUUGUUUCUGACUGUUAACCGCUCAGCGCGUCAUAGCUGGGUGGACUUGCUGGCCAGGAUUCACAGACGUUACAGCCGCCGUAACAUGGUCAGCACCGGGGGUCUGGCCUCUUUGGGAGCAGAGGGUGUGAUCGGAGAGCCUGUGGGACUGGAGACAGCCGGUCGAUCUGGGAGCCAGCUCCUGGAGAUGUUUAACAUUGGCCAGCAGCAGAUCUUCAGGCCCUCUGAAGAAGAAGGGGAAGAAGAGGAUGCAGAGAAUGCAGAGAAUGAGAUCCCUUCUCAAGGAUCAGGAGGCUGCGCUGGGUCUAAAGAGGACCACAAGGGUGGCUCAAGACUUGGGAGCUUCAGAGGGGAAGUGAUCACCAAAAAAGACCUUCUGCAGGGGACAGGGGGAGGGCUGAUCAUCACCAAGGACGGCCCUUCUUCAAUCAUAGCAACCCGGGCCUCUCCGGUCCACACAUGUGCUUAUGCCUCUUCAUCUCAGGUGGCACCAGCUACACCUACUGAAGCUGAGGACUCCACACAGUUUGGUUUUGGACCCUUUGAGCUGCCACCUCAGUGGUUACCAGAGACCAGGAACAGCAAAAAGAGGCUGCUGCCUCCGCUGGGUAACACACCCGAGGAGCUGAUCCAGACCAAACUGCCCAGGCCGCGGCCUGAGCGGAGAAUCAGCAGGAACAACAAGGUCAGCACCAUCCCAACUGUGGACCCGUGAACUAUUCCUGCUGGCCUCUGAUCUGCAACACUGGACACAACUCAUUACAGGGUAGGCCUCUUGGGUCGACCAUGCCUUGGCAGGUUAUUGACGAGUCAUGCUGCUCGGUGAGAUGCUUGGUUUGGUUCAUUUAAACCAUUUUUUCAAAUGUUCUCAGACGGAGUAGUAGAAUUGUAGAAGUCCAGCUAGAUGCCUGAGGCACCGCAGUUUUCUCAUUGGGCGAGACAAAAUUUCAUAUAAAAUAUUUACAAUGCUGUGAGAAAUGUUUCCAACUUUACCAAGACUUGGACUGAUCCAAUUCCUUUAUUAUGGACUUCUACAAUGGCUGCAUGCUAAUUGAGAAGGCAGAUGCCUUUUUGAAUCUCCUUCUUUUGAUUAGAGCUGGCAUCAUUAGUUAAAUGAACACACUGUACAAAUCCAAUUAUCCUGAGAGAUGCACUGAUACUGAAUAUUAUAUUUCCAUAGUAAAUAAUCAAGCGAGGAUAUUGACCCUCCUAACAAAACAUUUUGUAAAAUGGUUAUGCUGUGAUUGCACUCUGUUAACCAACACAUCUCUGUGUCAGUCCUUUCACUUAAGCCCUUGGCUGGCCUUUUUUUCUCAAGUCUUACUUUUGGAAUAUUCACAUUUCUUCUAAUGUGGUAGAUGUUGUUAUUUGUACUUUAAUGUAAGUGGAUUUGAUAAAGAUGACAAAUGUACUGUAUGCAAAAUACUUAUUAUGAAAAUGCGAACAUUUCAGAGUUUAACUCUGUGUUUAGACUUGUUUUCUAGAACACAAAGUGCAUCAAAUAGACAGAUUUUUUUUUUAAAAGAGAAUAACCAAUAUGUUUUGAUGAGAAUAAGAAGGAAAGAAAAUCUAGGUCAGGCAUCUUUUAGUCCCCUUCAAUCAAUUUGAUUGAUUUCUCCCUGGUUUCUUGACAAUCAAUUGCUCAAUGAAAUGUAAAAUCAAGCAAAUAACAACUACAAGUGCACAUUUUCAUAUCAGAAGCUCUGUAAAAUGGUUUUCAACUUCUCUGACUCUGAUACUGUCAGCUCCGUCUCCUUUGUGAUGCAUAAUUCAAUAGUAGCAGCUUCAACCUGAAGCUUUGGCUGAGGUAAACAGAGUCGGGCUGCACUUCAAAUAUUUGUCAAGCCGUAACUUCCUUCAGGGGCUACCUACAAUCCCCUGCUAUGUCCACAAAGAACCUGAAUCCAUGCUGCAUCCUACCCAUGCUGUUAUCAGGCAAAAUUGUGCAGUCACGCCUGAUUGGAGACAGUAUCCAUUGCUACUACUAAAAAGCGAAAGAGAAAGAGAUGAGUAAUAUGUUUAAUAUUAUACGUCUGCUUUGGUAAUGACUGUAUUCAGACGCUUAUUGCAGAAUACAGUAGCUGCUGCUAGAUAUUCAAAGAAUCAAUUCAAAGAAUUCACAGAAGAUAAUUGAUUUCUUUGGUGUGAGUGUUUAAGAAUACUAUGGCCUCGGGUCAUAUUUUCUACCUGAUUUGAAUCGAGGCUUAUUCAAACAAUAUUUGACUCCUAAAACCAUUAAGACCUUGACAACAGAGAUACAGUGCAGUAAUAUAAUACAGAUUGGAUUCACAUAAACUAAGUGAGUUUUAAAAACUCAUUGGGCAUUGAUUGGCACAAAAGACUUUUGUAACAUUUCAAGUGUUUAAGGGCCUUAAACUCAGCUUUUUACUACGUAUGACCGAUGGGAUCCUACAGGGACACGAAAUCUUCUGCCAAAGUUAGAACAGUUUUGGUUAUUACACAUUCAUAUUCAUGUUUUUGUCAUUUUUCCCACUGGUUUGUAGUGGGUGGGACUCACUGGGGAUGAGAUGAUGUCAUGUAUUUCUGUGCACCAAUCAGAAUAUUUGUAACAUUUGAAUCAAUGGUUGUUGUUGUUUCAUUAUGUUGCCACCACUGUCAAUCAAAUCUGAACAUGCCACACCCACACAGUCCUGAUAAAUCAAAUUAGAUCAGUUUUUUUUUUAUGUGUUAAACUCUUGAAUAAUAAUAACUGUUAUUUCCCCCUUUGUUUGUUAUAUAGUCAUGAGUAUUACAUAUUAUAAAGAAAUCCUUUGAAAUUGAAAUUAAGUUUUCAUGGGCUUUUAAGGAGGCCCCCCCCCCCCAAAUCUGUAAUUUAUUGAAUUAUCAUGAGAUGCCAAUGUUGAACAAAGUCAUUACUGAGGUUCAAAAUUCAUCCUUGACCUUGAAAAAAGCAGUCAGUCUCACCGCAAAGUCAACACGUAGUAGCUAUUCUGGAGCUUUCGAUCAUAUCACACGAUCUUCAUCAGCAGAAGGAUUUGGCCAGGUUGUUACGGGAUUGUAUCGGGAUUAAGUUUUCAUUUCUCGCAGAGCACCGUGAUGACUUUUGGGAAAACAACCUCACCACAGAAUCCAUUCAUCAGCAGUACUGGCGCUUUUGAUCAUAUUACAUGGUCUUCAUCAGCAUCUGGUUUCAGGGUCAAUAAUCAACAUUGAAUCUGAAUCAAAUCAUCAAAUCAUGUGAUAGGAUUGAAAGCUCCAGAACAGCUACUUAACUGACCUUGUGAUGGUAUUGUUUUCUCAAAGUAAUUCUUUUAUUAAACAUACUUUCAUGUAAAUGUCUUUUUUUACUGUUGACUAAAGAAAUCAGUGAUGAUUUA